AUGAGUGGCUCCGGUGAAAACAGAUGGCGUGGACCUAGUCGCCAGUCGUCGCAACGCCACUCUGGCAAUGGAAACCGUGACCGUGCAGCGGGUGGACAAGGUGUUGCCCAGAGUUCUUCUCAAGGUGGUUCUCAAGGUGGAAACAAUGCCUGGAGUGGCUCUGGCCCAGUUCAGGACCUGCAUGUUUCCGUCCGGGGCUUCAAUGCUGCCGAGGCCAAAAAUAUUCUGAAGAGAGGCCCUGAAGAAACCAAGCCAAUCUUCUACAAGCCGACCGGCAAGGACUCGAAUAACCAACGAUCGGGCGGCCCUUGGGGUGCUAAAUCGAACACGAUGGCAAACGGAAAAGACUUCUUUAUCGAACUACGGAAACAAGUUGCAUCCUUGCAGAAGAGCGGUCCUCCCGUCGGAGGCUGA